AUGUAUUCAAUACUGCUAUCCUCAACUUCCAUAACCGUACAAAGGCCUCGUGGCUCUGAGCAUUGGCGCCCACACGUCUGUUGCGUGCCCAAAGCUCUCUCCAUCAACUUGUCUACCACCAACCAUGUCGUUGCAACAAGAGCUGAAACUCCGAGGCAAAAGAUCAAUGAUCUCCUCGCAGCGGGGGGUAACCUGGCGGUGUUAACUCUUAGAGGUGUCGACGCUACCGCAAGUUGGUGCCCACCCUUAAAGAGUGCGACUAGCGCUGCACUCUUCAUCUACGACGAGGCUCAAAAGUUCAGGGAGAACGCAAAGGAAUGGACUGAUUUCGGUGAAUACGUAGCGAGCACCAUGGCCAAAGUAUCUUCAGCCAUAAAGUCCGAUGAUGUAUCAGCGGAAGAGGUAGAGCCAUGGGUAGAAAGUGCUACAGAGCUUGAUGGCGCGCUGCAGAAGAUUAAGUCCGAAAUCGAAAGACGGGGAAAGGUAGAGAAACGAUCGGCUAUCAGAAAAACAUUCUCCUACUUGAGAGACCCGGGAAGGAUCGAUGGCCUAAAGAAAGACUUUGACAAAGCGUUGGCAUCGUUUCAGGUUAGGACAAACUUGAUAACUGGUGCCAAGUUAGCGGCCAUAGAACGUCGUCUACACGAAGACAAAAUUCUUGAUAGUCUCCGAUACCCUCAUAUUGCCCAUGAUGAUUUCACUCAGGUGUGCCUGAAAGAUACUAGGGCCGCCCUUAUUGAGCGUAUCAUGGCAUGGUGCCACAGCACUGGGGAUAGCGAAAACCGGCUAGUGCUGUUGACUGCCGUGGCCGGUGCCGGCAAGACUUCGAUUGCACUCACGAUAGCCGAACGAUGUGCCAGCGAAGGAGACGUUACCCUGUUACUUUGCUUCUUCUUUAAAGCGGGCGAACGGUCGCGGCCUGAUUUCCUAUUCAGCGGCAUGGCUCGAGCUUUGGCAGACCAUGACCCUAUUUACCGCACUUUCAUUACCUCUGCUCUUCGAGAUGACCCUAGUCUCUCAACAGCUUCAUUCGCGACGCAGUUCAAGAAAUUGGUGGCUCCGUCUCUCCUCCAUAAACCUCCAACUUCCAACCGUCCCAUGGUGAUCAUCAUUGACGCUUUAGAUGAAUGUGACAAAGAAGCAUUCGAGCCCCUUGCCGAAAUCCUUGCGGAGGAAGUGCCCAGGCUGCCAUCCUCCAUAAAAUUCUUCAUCACAUCGAGACAAUUUGAUCUCGUGAAUCGCUACCUCUCCCCCGAUUACCCUAUUGAUCGUCUCACUAUUGAUCUCUUGGAUGAGGCAAAUGUGCAGGACUGUGCUAGAUUCAUACGAUUCCAACUGCAGAAGCUAAAGAAGUUACAUCGGGAUUUACAGCGUAAUCUUAAGGAUGAGGAUAAAAUGGUACAGGAGAUCUCGGAACGAGCAAACGGCUUGUUUAUCUGGAUCAGUACCAUCUUUCGCUACAUGAAGCUGGCCAACAAGGAUCCUAUGAGGACACUAGAAAGUUUGCUUGACACUGGUGGUGCCAAACGACCAGAGGUCCCUGCCGAGAAGAUGAUGGAAGACUUGUAUACAAGCAUUUUGAAGAAGUGUGCUUGGGAGGAUGAAGAUUUUGCGCACGAUUACCCCCUUGUGAUCGGAGCAAUCUUCGUUGCUCAGCAGCCUCUGUCCAUCACAGCCUGGGACUCAAUUUUGUCGCCUUUCCUCAAGUCUUCUGUUCGAUAUGCGUUGGCCGAACUUGCUCCUCUGCUCUCCGGAGUUGAGGAUUCCCACAUUCCGGUUCGCAUCUUACACCAAUCUUUCCAUGAUUUUAUUGUCGAUCGGAUUAAUCCUCAAACAAUCAGCUCUCGUUGCACUCCUGUAGCGGUGGGGGUGGAGAAUGCCAGGGUUGCCCUGCAAUGCACCAAGAUUUUGAACGAGGGUCUCUGCUCUGUAAAGGACCUAGGACAGAUUGCAAACUUGUCCGAAAAAGAGGAAAUGCCGCGCAUUCCUCUGAAGGACUUAUCUGAGCACUUUCGUUAUGCAUGUUGCCAUAUCGUCCAUCACCUCAGUGAAGUCCAGGAACCAUCAGAGGUGCUUGCUGAGUCAGUUGGCAUGUUUCUGAAUCAGGAAGCAACUCGGUGGGUGGAAGUCUGUGUGAGAAUGGAAAGCUAUGUCAGUAUCUCGCUACUCCCUGAGUGGGCUAAGUUGGCUGUUGACCACAGCGCUGUUAGUGCACUGGCUGAUGUGCUUACCCAGCUUCCGUGGAACCUGAGAUUUUUUUCAAGAUUCCAGGAGGCAUAUGAGGCAGCAAAUGAUUCUGUUAUACUCUGCCGUUACCUUUUUUCUGUGGACUCGAGUUUGUACACCCCACAUUUGGCUGAGUCACUCAACUGUCUAAACUUCGCCCUUGACGGACUCGGACGGUACUUGGAGGCACUCCCAUUCAUUGAAGAAAGCGUCAAACUCUACCGCCAGCUCAUUGCUAUUAAUCCGGGAUCAUACACCCUGGAUUUGGCUGUGUCACUUGACAAUCUAUACAAUGCUCUUUCCAAACUUGGACAGCACUCGGAGGCACUCCCAUUUAUUGAAGAAAGCGUCAAACUCCAUCGCCAGCUAGUUGCCAUUAACCCAGGAUCAUACACCCCAGAUUUAGCCUCGUCACUCAACAGUCUACACAAUGCUGUUUCCAAUCUUGGACAGCACUCGGAGGCGCUUCCAUUCAUCGAAGAAAGCAUCAAACUCUACCGCCAGCUAGUUGCCAUUAGCCCAGGAUCAUACACCCCAGAUUUGGCCAUGUCACUCAACUUUCAAUAUUUGGCUCUUUCCAAUCUCGGACAACACUUGGAGGCACUCCCAUUCAUCGAAGAAAGUGUCAAACUCCGACGCCAGCUAGUUGCUAUUCACCCAGGAUCAUACACCCUGGAUUUGGCUAUGUCACUCAACGAUCAAUAUUUGGCUCUUUCCAAUCUCGGACAGCACUUGGAGGCACUCCCAUUCAUCGAAGAAAGCAUCAAGCUCUACCACCAGUUAGUUGGUGUUAACCCAGGAUUAUACACCCCAGAUUUGGCCAUGUCACUCAACAAUCUGUACAAUGCUCUUUCGGAUCUUGGACGGCACUCGGAGGCGCUCCCAUUUAUCGAAGAAAGCAUCAAACUCUACCGCCAGCUAGUUACCGUUAACCCAGGAUCUUACAUUCCAGAUUUGGCCAUGUCACUCAACAAUCUAUGUAUUGCACUUUCCAAUCUCGGACGGCACUCGGAGGCGCUCCCAUUCAUUGAAGAAAGUGUCAAACUCCGACGCCAGCUAGUUGCCAUUCACCCAGGAUCAUACACCCCGGACUUAGCCGUGUCACUCAAUAAUCUACGUAUUGUUCUUUCAGAUCUCGGACAGCACUCGGAGGCGCUCCCAUUCAUCGAAGAAAGCGUCAAACUCUACCACCAGUUAGUUGCCAUUAACCCAGGAUCAUACACCCCGGAUUUGGCCAUGUCACUCAACAACCUACGUAAUGCUCUUUCCAAUCUCGGACGGCACUCGGAGGCACUCCCAUUCAUCGAAGAAAGUGUCAAACUCUACCGCCAGCUAGUUGCCAUUAACCCAGGAUCAUACACCCCGGAUUUGGCCAUGUCACUCAACAAUCUAUGUAUUGCACUUUCCAAUCUCGGACGGCACGCGGAGGCGCUCCCAUUCAUCGAAGAAAGUGUCAAACUCCGACGCCAGCUAGUUGCUGUUCACCCAGGAUCAUACACCCCAUAUUUGGCCAUGUCACUUAACAAUCUAUCUUAUUCUCUUUCGGAUCUCGGACGGCACUCAGAGGCGCUCCCAUUCAUAGAAGAAUGUGUCGAAAUCUGGCGCCAGCUAGUUGCUGUUAAUCCAGGAGCAUACACCCCGGAUUUGGCCAACUCACUCGAAAAUCUACGCAAUGCUCUUUCCAAUCUCGGACGUCAUUCCGAGGCACAAAUGGUCCACAUUUGA